ACACAUUACAAUAUUUAACGUCUUUCAAAUAUGUUGGCGUAGUGUCACCUAGCCCGGCGGAGUGCUAAAUUCCCCUUAAUUCGGUGAAAUUUAGACAGGCUGCCUACUAAAAUCCGCAACGUUUUGAAAAUUGAAUGCAAAAAGAUUAUUUAUUUUUAGUCGGUUCACGUGGGAGUGGUUAUCUGGCGAAUUUCCAUUCGUUUUCAAUUUCUGCCACUCAAAUUUGAAUUGUAGCUAUUUGUUCGGGAAUCUUUUCAUAAGCGGCCUAAUGGAUGUUAUUUGCAGUUCUAUCAAAACAUUUAUCACGUUAUUCAUUUGGAUGACGUCUCUGGCUCUCAUUCAUAAACUACAAGCCGCAUCAUGAUAAAUCACCAUCGCUAUCGCAAUGAAGUAAAAAACGAUCAUCGAUCAAGAAAAUUAAGGAUAGAAGUUUAACCGUGUCACUAAACACAUUCUAGGGGUGCUUCUCAAAUUUGACAGCAUAUCUGAUUUCUAGUCUAAAAAAAUCCCAUUAAGGAUCAAAGCUGCUAGAACCCAAGUUGACAUUCAGGUGUACUACCGGGUAAAGAGCUUUAUUGUACGCUGGAAAAGCGAAGACCCAAAAUCUAAACCAGGGAUCAUAACCUACAUGCAAGAUAAAACAUAUCUCAACGAGCGAAACACCAUGCCAACAUGAUCGCCGGGUGAUACGGAUGAGAGAAAACGGGACUUCGUAUGAUAUUUAUGAGUGGUUUGGCAUGUGAUUUUUCCCUCUCUCCCUUAGGUGUCAUGACCGCUUGCACUAAUGGCCGCACACUAGUAUUUGGACGAUCACAUUAGCACUAUGAAUAGCUCCUCGCUGGAGGUGUCAACCAGGCCAUACGCCUUACUCUACACCGAAGCAAUCUUCCUUUCUUUUAUCUGUCUGAUAUCACUAACAGGGAACUUGAGUCUGUUCAUUAUCGUUUUGCGAAAUCGUAAUCUUCGAACAAGAUCCAACUGGUUCACCCUCAACCUAGCGUUCGCGGAUGUUCUAGUGUCUUCCGUCAACAUGCCUGUUACCAUCGCUACUAUACUAGCCGAAAAAUGGUUGCUAGGGACAACAGCCUGCAGUAUCAGUGCAUUUUUGACGAUUCUGUCGUUUAUUGCGUCUGUGAUGUCGCUGGCACUCAUUGCGGUGAACAGGUUUUUCUUCAUUGUUCGCUGGAGGAGCUACAGUUCUCUGUUCAAGCGCUCCCGAGUGGUGAUAUACAUUUCGAUUGACUGGGGAAUCUCUCUUCUCCUUUCCUCGCCGCCUUUAUUGGGAUGGGCUAGAUUCGACUACAUACCGGGGAAGUCCUACUGCUUCGUGUUCUGGCCAUCGGAUGUUCUAUUCAUGUACUUUAUGAUAUUCGUCUGUUUUUGUGGGCCAUUGGUAACCAUGGCUGUUUGCUACACUAAGAUCCUUCUCUUCACUCGUGAACAUAAACGGAAGGUGAUGGCGGAGGUAACGGGUGCGUGUGGUAGAAAACGUGUAAGAGGCUGGGUUCGGCGCAGUGUUUCCCCGGAAGAGACCAAGAUCACCAACACACUACUAAUAGUGCUGGCCGUGUUCCUUCUGAGCUGGUCCCCAUUCGCCAUCACUAUGUUUUUAGACGUCUACUAUGAUAAACCACUGCCCAGAGCAAUAGACAUGGGAUCACUUUUGCUGGGCUACCUUAAUAGCUUGUGUAAUCCAAUCAUUUACGCCGUGCGCAACCGGAAGUUCAGAACUGCUUACAUCAAGCUGUACUCGGCGUGUUUGCCGUUCUUGAAGAGGCGAGUGCACGUUGUCGAGAUUGGCGAUACAACGAUUCUGGAGAGACCCGCUGUCCUACAGAUCGAGCCCAAAACUAAUAACUAUCAGUCAAGCAGUGUUUCAGAGGAUGACGCGCACCUCAAAUUAACUGGAAUAAUUUAGUUGGAUCCAAAUAGGACACGGAGUUUUUCCAUUUCCUCUACGAGUUGCGAACAAGUCUACGUUUGUUAGGGAGCCACUGCAUCUUAAAGUCUUUUUGACACAGUCACAAAGUGGACUCAUUUACGCGCGAUUUCAUGUGUUCUUAUUUAUUUGGAUAUUCUUUAGAAAAAAUGCUGAAGAAAGUCACAUUUCCUAUUUUUAUUCAUUUGAGUAUUUCAAACCUCUAUAUUUCAAAUAUUUUCAACAUAUAUUAUAUACGACCCGAGAAAGGUAAUUAUUCUUUUGUUCAUGCUCCAGCCCCAGCGCUCAUUGCGGCCGCCCCUGAAUGAGGCUACCACCCAAUAGAGAAAGGGCUGGAUCCUUGGACAUCUCUCUAGAUGUGAGGACUCCUUUUUUUAAAUGCUACGAUUCUUCAAAGGUCAAAUUUGUAUACCUCCAAUUCAGUAAAGAGAUAACAUUUUAUGGCCUAGAGAUUUUUAUUGUUAGUGAUAUAUUUAUUAAAAUAAAGAAUGAAGGUAAAACAAA